UGUAUACAAAUGUAUUUUAAAAUAUGAUGUCAAAAGUAAAACCACACAGGAAAUGUGUCCGGAUAUGCAGUGCGAUAGUACUGCCGGUUAUGAGCUUGCAACAAGUCUCACUCCUCCGCUCUCUGACCUGUUCUGACACUCUUGUCGCACAUUAGCGCUUGUUUUGUUGGCCGAGAACUCUUAAGUAUAGCACAGCAUUGAUUUUCCUUCUGACCUCUUCUGGUCAGAGUAGGGUUUUAUUACCACACAUUACUUGUUUAAUAGUCGAUAUUACUUUUCAAAAGUAAUUAUAAUGAUGUAACAUAAGUUGGGCCCAGAGGAGUUUGUGUACUUUGUCUUCUUGUACGUCUGCUUUGCCCCCAACGAGGAUGCUAUGAUGUGAUUAUAAUGCAUAGGUCAAGACAGGAAAUCAUCCCAGUUAGAUGUUGAGAAACUGAGAAGUUUUGAUUUUGGGGACUAAAUACCCUGAGCAAAAAAUAAUUGGGAUAAUAUAGGUAAAAUGUAGGUAUAUUUAAAAAUGGAAAUGAAAUGCUUUCUGGAAAAUGCACAUCUUGAAGAGCUAUAAAAAGCCCAGCCUUCUCUCAAUGCCCUCCAUCUGAAUAUCUCAAGUAUUUAAACAGCCUCACAUAUAACUUAAAGUUAUCCAAUAAUAUAUCUGUAUAUUCAAUUAUCUAUUUCAGAAAAAAUAUCUGAAACACCACACUAAAUAUACUAUUUUGUAAAUGUUAUAUGAUAAGAUACAAGUUAUUACACAAAUUUGAGUAUUUCACGUAUAUGUUAUAAUAUAAAUAAUAUAUAUGUAUAUAUAUAUAUAUCUGUAUUAUAUUUUGUAUAAUAUGCUUACAUUUAUUCCAUUUCUAUCUAUGUGUAAAUAUAUUCUCCAAAGAAACUGGAUCUACUUUGUCACAUUAUUACAUUUUUAUUCAAAUGUUAACAUAUUUAAUUCAUCUAUUUUAUUCUAUUUUUCUUUUUUGUAUUUAUAUGGUACCAGGUUCUAUAUUUGAUUUAGGCCUAUUUAUGUCAUUCGAUGAACUACAGCAGGGGUUCCCAAACUUUUUAGGCCACGCACCCCCUUCUACAUCCCGACCGGGUUCACGCACCCCCAAUCCCCCACACCUGAAAAAAAAAUGCAACGGAAUGCAAGAGUUGUUGACGGGGGGGGGGGGCGGCGUCGGAGCUCUGCGGCGACCACGAUCGACGGAUUGAGCACCCCUGCAUUCAAACAUUAAAUAGCCGACAGUUUUUUUCAGCGUAAGAAAUACGAUGUGUGGCGAGAGUGCGUGAGUUAAGACCGAAAUGACACUUGAGAGCCCUGAGAAUGUUUAAUAUUAAUUAUUACACCAUUAGACCACCAUUACAUUUUUCCUCUCGCGCACCCCCUAGAGGCAGCUCGCGCACCCCCAGGGGUGCGCGCACCACACUUUGGGAAUCCCUGAACUACAGAGUUGUUAUCUGUGAUCAUAGCUUAAACAUGUCAUCAUAAUAAUUAUUCAUGACCAUCUAUAAAGUUUUGACUUUUUAGUCAUGAAUCGUCAACAAAUGAUUGUAUUAUAAACUCGUGGAAACACACCUGUCGUCUCUUAAUCCACCUUCCUCAAACGGUGUGUGUUCUUCCGCCUCACGGAAGGAUCUAUAUUCCGUCUCUGUCACCGAGCGGAUGGAUCCGACGUCCAACCUGUGCGACUAAUUGUGCAAACACCGAACAUCACAGCAGCUUUUCCACAAUGUUGCUCCACCAAAGGAUACAACUUUUGAACAGGUACGCAAGAUACAAUAGUUUUGUUCGACUUAACUUUGAUUACUUUGACGUGUUCCGAGUCGCAACGGGUUAUCUUUUCGGGAAAGAUAACGUCCCAGGUGAUGCUCUCCAUCACCUGUUGGGGCGUGUUAACCUCCCGUGGCGGACGAACAGUAAGCUAGCGAACAGCGAUAUGCAUCGUGCUCGCAAUGACGGCUUAUUGUGUUGUAUUUCCAGGUUUUGACGAAUGUAAUGGAAAGCGAACAACAGACUACUGAGAGAGAAGAGACCCCGCCCAAGUUCUGGAGAAGUUGCAAGUUGAUUAUUGACCCCGCAUUGACAAAAGGACUGUACAAAGUGUACCGUUACAACGGACAGCAGUUCAACAUACCCGUGGAGGACUUAGGUCUGUUUCCUGUGGAGACAGUCAGAGAUCCCCGCGUGUGCCGCCUGUGGAGCAAAUCCAGGAAGACUGACCUUUUGAUUUCUAAAUUUAAGCUUGAUGAAUGGUAUGUUGGCCCUAUUCCUCCCAAAGAAGUGACGUUUUCCAGGUUGAAUGACAAUGUGAGGGAGACGUUCUUGACUACGAUGUGCAAUAAAUACGGGAACAUUGAGGACGUGGAGAUAUUUUACAAUCCUAAGAACAAGAAGCAUUUAGGGGUCGCAAAGGUCGUCUUCGACACAGUGCAGGCUGCAAACGACGCUGUUCAGCACCUCCAUGAGACGUCAGUGAUGGGAAAUAUUAUUCAUGUGGAGAUUGAUCCUAAAGGAGAAAAGAGAGCGCGGUAUCUUCAGCUCCUUGUGUGUGGCCUUUACACGCCUUGGACGCUGCCAGUGGGCGGCAAUGAGCAAGCUAUUCAAAGCUUAAUCGACAAAUUGCUGGGCGGCCCAGCCACACAGCGCCGAGGGAGUCUCUCCAGCAUCGCCACAUCCCUCUCUCUGGACACAGCCUACUCCAGUAUUUGGCAGGACACACCUUGCAGCUUUGGGCUUACGCCACGUUCUCAGGGAACCCCCCAUACGCCGAGCUUGUCUGCAACUCCUCUCUCCCAGGACUCUUGCUACUCCAGUCUUCAGGCAACUCCAGUCCUGCAGGGAGAGCCCUCCACCUACAGUGUUCACAAACCUUUAAGACGUGAGCUCUGCCAUCGUCAACCGGCGAGGAACCACAGGGGAUCCGGCGAAGUCUCAGAUUUCAACUUUGUUUUGAAGCAUUGCCAACCACAGGCCCCACACCACGUCUCGUCCCAAAUACAAGCGAGCAGUCAGCAACUUGCUCUGUGGGGUCACAAUGCACACUCUUCUUCUCACAGGAAUACAGAAGCUUCCUUUGACCUCGCCUCCCCCUGUCAGCAGUCCAGAGAUGGGGUCGGCACUACCUCUCCGGCUUCACGUCAAAACCGCAAUUCUUUUAGCAUCAUGAGCAUUAAUUUCACAGUCGACCGGCAGACAGCAGCAUCCUCCCCACCCGAUGACCAUGCAUGCAUAAAAGACGUAUCUCCAUCUGCUGGUCACGGCUCCUCCAGUCGCCUCCAGCCAGUGGGAGAGAGUUUGGACUCACGCAUUGAAAGUUUGCUCAUAAACAGCCACAUUUCUGACCCUUCAUACUUUGAUAGAAAGACUUUUGAGGCUGACUCUCAGGAUAGCCCCACUUCCCCUUGCUCUGCAAAUACCUCCCCUUUCUCGGAUGACUCAGUUGUUGACACUCCGACAUGUGACUUCCCAACGAGCCUCCAGCGCUCCUCCAAUGAUCUGGUGGACGUCAGCCCAACAUCGCUCAUUGAAAAUGAAGAGGAUGAAACUACUCGAGCUGUUAUGUUUUUAACAAGAAACUCGGAGUCUGCAUCUGAUCUCACGCAUUUUGAAAGGAAGGCUCACGCAAACAACGAAAAGGAGGAUCAAAGGUUCCCGUCAUUCUCAUGUCCAGAGGACCGGCAUGCAGCAAAUGAGAAUAAGGAGCACUCCAAUAACAGACCUUCCAGACCUGCAGCACAGAUCUCCUCUCGACCUCAGCCACUGUCCAUUUCUCUCAAUAGACCGACUCGACUCUGUCCCUCCAGAGCUCCUCCUGCCAUCACAUCGAGGUGCUUCCGUCCACCAGUCACCCAUUUCCCUUUCCCCAUUCCUCCCUUUCCCCAGUCUAUUCCCCCUGGUCCACCUCGCCUGCCAAAUGGCACCAUCCCCAUCCCACCUCCAGGCUGGAUCCCACCUCCAGGCCAUCAAACCGGCAUCUCCAUUCCCCCUCCACCUUUUCCAGCUCCACCAUAUAUUCGUCCUGCACCAACUUUUCUUCGACCCCCUCCAGCUUUGAUGGUGCCGCCCUUUGUUCCACCCUCUGGGCACACCUACCCAUUCCCCAUGCCUCCUGCAGUCCCUUUGGAUCAGGGGAAUCCUCCAGCGCAUGGCAGUGCACCCUUCCCAUUCCCUAGACCACCCUGGCUGCCUCCACCUUUUCUCAGGUUCAACCCCUUCGUGCCACCACCAGAAUACCCACUUGUUUGGGAAAACCCUCACAAGGUCACAAUAGAUAAAGUGAUAGAAGUCAUCAUGGAUGAACUGAAGUCAAUCAUUAAGAAGGACAUGACACGUAGGAUGAUUGAAGGGACCGCUUUCAAGGCCUUCGAGGACUGGUGGAGCUGCCAAGAAAAGAAAACAAAGACACACGUACCUCCUUUGAAAAGUGGAGCGGCGAGUGUUGAUGAGAGGAACAAACUAAUAAAUCCCCCCAGUCACAUCAGUGGCCAGGGCAAAAAACCUCCACUGCCCUCCUUCAAGGUGAAAAGAAAAAGAGCCGAUGAUACUGCUACAUCAGAAGAGAUAGAUAAUGGCUCGUGUUCUACUCACGAAAGCUCAGGUGUGAAACAGGGGGAUGACAGAGUGAGACCUGCAUCUCAGAGAGCCAAACGCAGACACGCAAGACCACACGGGCUUGAAAGUGAUACUGAUGAUGACGGGAAAGAUGGAGAUAACAUACUUCAAGAUGAUGACGCAACAUCAGACAAAGUGGAGGCUAUUGUGCCAGUUGAUGAGGAUCCUCAAAAUCUGUGUGACAGAGAUGGUGAUGGUGGUGAUGAUGAUGGUAAUCACCCUGAGGAAGAAAAGGAGUUGGCACAAAGACACACAGAGGAUAACGAUGCUGUCAUCUUCCAAACUCGUGAUGGCGUGCAGUGCUCAGGUAGCGAUACUUUUUCCGAGAGCAGCUCCCCAGAGGACAGUGAGUACUCGUCAGACUUCGACUCCUCCGACUCGUUCUCGGGGAGCUGUGAGGACUCGUUCCACUCUGACCUCAGUCUGGAAGACGAAGAAACGGAGGAAGACUCCAGGUCUCGUGCGUGUAUUGUCAUAUCGUCAGAUGAAGAGUCGAUGGAACUUGAGCCCCCCGUCACUCCGCCAGCCCCGCUGACCCCUGGUGCUCAGCUGGAGCUGGGCCUUCAGGACUGGUCCGACCCAUUUCAUAAGGAAACGGAGGAGAACCAGUACACUUCCUGUCAACGAGACACCUGCGACUCGGAUCUCAUGAUCGAGCUCCGAACCAGCGAACCCCACAACCAUCUACGGCCCCUGUCACCUAUCGGACGUCCAGCAGCCGAGCUACACCUUGAUGUCGAGAUGGAAAGCCCAGACUGGACGGAAGAGUCAUUGGGGAAGAUAGACAACCUGAGGCCUCUGACUCCUACUGGCUGCCUUCUGGACAGUGACCCGGACCUUCUGAUAAGAAGCAAACCCACAUCCCCGGCUGAGGAGGUGGAACGGCCACAAACACCCGGGAAGGGGAUAGUGACUGAACUGGAAAGUGAGGACUCUGCCGAUGAAGUCUUCUCCAUCUCUCCAACAGGCACAGAGGUCAAUCUAGCUUCCUCUGAUCCCCCGGCCUCAUACCCAUCAUACCAGGAUAUGCCCAAAACUCCUGGUCGAGAGGAUGGACGUGGCUGGACACAGUCUCGCUCUGGUAGAGCUCCAGCAACGCCAGGCAGAGAGACGCCCAUGUCAUCAGGCAGCACAGUGAUGUGCCCAACUCUCUGUAGCCCACUUCCUGUGCCAUACCUGUCUAACAAUCCAUAUGUCGCAGCCCCAAAGACUCCCGGAAGAGACAUCAUCCUACCCCAAAGAGCCGUCGUCCACAGAAGGAAAACACGCACGGUGGCAACCUCUCAGCCCCCGUUCUAUGAUUCUGUCAGACGCUUUCCCAUCUCAGUGUCUUCUCCAUGCAGCCUCUCCGGGUCUUCAUCUGACUCCGCUGAUGAAAAGGGCAGGUGGAUCAAUUCAGGUGUGAAAAAGAAGCCCUUGCAGGGACUGGAGAACAUGCCUGGGCUCCUGGAGGAGGGGAACAGUAGAGAGACAGAGAGAUCCUCAUUAAGGAGGAAACAAUGGAGGAGGCUAAAGAGGAGGUCUAGAAUCCAGCAUCGGCAGAGGUCACUGAAAAGAAUCGACGGCUCUCUUCCCUCGCACAGUCCUCUUCACAGGUGGCGUUCACUGUGCAAAGAGAGGAGGAUCCUUCAUAGUGUUUGGAAGGAGGGCCUGGAUGAAGAAGAUGAGAGGCUGCUGCAGUGUGCAUAUGAAAGGCUGCAAGCGCAACAUAAUGGCUUUAGGUGGAUCACUGACACCCUGUGGAUACCUCACCCUCUGACAAAAAUCCUCCCAGAGGAGAGCGGGGAGCAGAAAUCCUGGCAGCCCAAACACCGGACCGGCUCCGCUCGCAGUGAAGGGUUCUACAGAAUUAGCAAGAAAGAUAAAAUGGAAUACCUCAAGAACACAAAUCUCGCUUCUGAGCUUCCAUCUACAAGUACUCAGGGGAUGUGCAUCCCGGCCCAGCAAUCGGUCUCACUGCGCGCGGGAUCGGACUUCAGGUCCGAACAGCGCCGCCUGCUGUCCUCAUUCAGCUGUGAUAGCGACCUGGUCAAGUUCAACCAGCUGAAGUUCCGAAAGAAGAGGAUCCGUUUCAGCCGGAGUCAUAUUCACGAGUGGGGCCUGUUUGCAAUGGAGCCAAUAGUCGCCGAUGAGAUGGUGAUUGAGUACGUGGGCCAAAUCAUCAGACAGGUCAUCGCUGACAUGAGGGAGCAGAGAUACGAGGAGGAGGGCAUUGGAAGCAGCUAUUUGUUCCGGGUUGAUCAGGACACCAUCAUUGAUGCUACGAAACUUGGGAACUUAGCCAGGUUCAUAAACCACAGCUGCAGCCCCAACUGUUAUGCAAAGAUCAUCAGCGUGGAGUCUCAGAAGAAGAUCGUGAUAUACUCCCGACAGCCGAUACGCAUCAAUGAAGAGAUCACGUACGACUACAAGUUCCCCAUCGAGGACACAAAGAUUCCCUGUUUGUGUGAAUCAGACAGCUGCCGCGGCUCCUUGAACUAAUCUCUGAGGAAGAGAUCUGAUUAUGACUCGAUCCAAAGUCACCUGAGGGACAGUACAAUGAAAACCAAGGGCCUGAAGAUGCAUCAAAAAAGCCAUUUCAAUACUCAAACCUGGACAGUCUGGAGGCCAAACAGGAGCUCAUGACAUCAGUGCAGGCGAGUGGCGGCUCAGUGAAUUAUGACUUAAUAAACUGUCCUAAACAGCAUGCAAGACAGUUAUGGAUUAUCAAUGGAGGUCAAGCAUGACAUUAUUGUGUGCCCCCCUCAAGUACUGGAAACCACUGUUUAGACUAAAUACUACAAUACAAAACAGGACAUUUGUAUGUAAAUUACAGUUUAUAAACACAAAUUUGACGCAUUGCGAUUGUUGCCUCUUCCCAAAAAGGCCUUUGUUACAAUGAAAGGUCCGUUGACCUUCUAGUCCAGAUAACAAAUGUGUAAAGUUAAAUGUUUUCGUUUAUGAGAGCUUAAACUGUGUUUUGCUUGAGUCAAGCUUGUGUCAAUAAUAUUAUUUUUUGUUGCUAACAUUUUAUAAAAAAGAAAGUGUUGCAUUAUGGUUACGUUGUGAUUAAAUGAGGUACGUUUUGACAGAUACAAUAUAUGUUACAUUGGAAUAAAACAUGCAAGUCACAAAAAAACAACA